AUGGAUGGUGAAUCUGAGAUAUGUCUUCCAGGAGAUAUUGUUAUUCCUUCUUCGGACCAGGCAUUUGAUGAGUUGGUUUAUUUUUCUUAUCUAAAUAUUUUGAAAAACAUGUCCUCAAAGGAUUUUUUCAAAGCAAGAACUAUACUGGCUCCCACACUAGACAUUGUUGAAGAGGUCAACAACCAUCUGAUGGCUAUCAUUCCUGGAGGGAAAAAAUUAUAUCUUAGUUCGAAUUCUAUUUGUAUGGAUGAAGGGAAUAUGGAGAGUCAACUAGAUCUCUAUGGUCCUGAAUUACUGAAUAGCAUAAAUUGUUCUGGUUUGCCUCCACAUAAAUUAAUACUCAAGGUUGGUGUUCCGGUGAUGUUACUAAGAAAUAUUGACGAAUCCAGUGGUCUUUGUAAUGGUACAAGACUAUAA